AUGGAAGACGACAACUGUUCUCCUUCGUUCACGUCGCAAGCGGAUGAGGUUCCCGGGCGGAAGGGCGCGAAUCCCUCGUCAUCGUCCCCCGGCUAUUUUAGCACCGUCAUCCCUCCUGCUUCCGCGAUCUGUGGCAACCCAAAUCGACUCUCCUUUUGUUCUUCUUGUGCGACUGUGGAAUUGAAGGGGUUCUGCUCUUCGUUCUUGAAACAAAAGGUGAUUGCAAAGGAUCUAUCACAUUCUGACUUUUGCUGGACCUUGAACAAGCAGAGAAACGAAGGUGGCAGUGCGGACGCUCAGAGAGCAACCUCAGAUUGCAAAUCGCAAGGCUGUCCAACUAAAAGACAAGUCACCAAGAACAAAGAUGAGAAAUCAGUCCAUCCCAAUGAAUCUGUAGAGUCACCAUGUUUCGGAUCAUCUGUGCAUUAUGGUGGUAGAGACUUCUACAUGAGCUCUUUGUCCAUGCAGACCACUGAAACUUCAGAAAGUUAUAAAACUGAUGAUGGAGUUGACUGGGGCAAUAGGCAUGCUGCUGACAGAGGUGACUGGUGGCAAGGUUCACUUUACUAUUGA